AUGGCUGUAAAGACUGUUGAUUUGAACAAUGAUAGCUUUUUAGAUUUGGUUGUUGCUAAUCGUGCCGGCAACACGACGAGUGUAUUGUUUGGAUAUGGAAAUGGGAGUUUUACACAACGUAUAGACCUUUCGACUGGACCUAACGCUGGAACAUAUGCAAUUGCUAUUGGCGAUGUUAAUAAAGAUAACCAAUCGGAUAUUGUUGUUGUUAAUAGACAUGCCAGUAAUAUUGGAGUAUUUCUUGGACAUGGUAAUGGGACAUUUUCGAAACAAAGAACAAUUUCUACAGGAAUCAACUCUACUCCAGCAGAAUUGGCUCUUCAUGACUUGAACAAUGACACUUUUUUAGAUCUUGUAGUUAGUGAUCAUGAAUAUGAUCGUGUUUUUGUAUUUCUCGGAACAGGUGAUGGUGGAUUUACACGAAUACAUGAUCUUUCAACUGGAAAUUCUUCGGGACCAUAUUUAAUAAUUAUUAAUGAUUUUAACAACGAUAAUCUACUUGACAUUGCUGUUGGUAAUGGUGAUGUGAACAACGUAGGUGUCUUUCUCGGUGAUGGUACAGGAAACUUUUCACAACAGAUUACAACUUAUAUUGAGUCUGGUCCAUAUGCACUUGUUGCUAUUGAUUUUAAUAAAGAUGGUAUAUUAGAUAUAGCGACUGCAAAUUAUGAUUCAAAUAAUACUAGCAUACUCUUUGGAAAUGGUGAUGGAACUUUUAGACUACAAAAUACUUUUUCUACUGGUAAUGAAUCAUUACCGUAUGCAGUUGCUAAUGGUGAUUUUAAUCGGGACAAUAUAGAAGAUCUUAUCAUUGCAAAUUCGGGUACAGAUAACAUCGGUAUAUUACUUGGAGAUGGUAAUGGUAGAUUUCGAAAACAAAAAAUUUAUUCGACUGGUAGUGGUUCGAAUGCAGUCGAAAUCACGAUUGGAGAUUUCAAUAGAGAUAAUCGAUUAGAUUUUGUCUCUGCAAAUUUAAAUAAUAAUAUAAUCGGAAUUUUUUUAAGUACAUGUUCAUGA